AUGGGGGCUUCUAUUGAUUCCCGGGACAUCAAUGGAUCCGAUCUAAUCUCUGCUCUUCAUCUUUCCCAGCAAGCACCAGCAAUUCUCGGUCACGAUCCCUCUAAAACCACGUCUACCACUUCGUCCUACGCAGAUACUGCAGAAGAAUAUGGGCGGGUCGAACAGCUCUUCCUUGCCUGUCUACGGACGGGUGAUGAUUUAUCUGCCCAGGCCUGUCUCGAUCGGUUAAGCUCCCGGUUUGGUGCUUCCAAUGAGAGGGUCAUGGGGCUCCGUGGCCUUUACCAGGAGGCGACUGCUAAAGAUACCUCUGCCCUGGAAAAAUGCCUGAAUGAAUACGAAACAAUUCUUGGGGACAAUGCGGUCAAUGUGCCCAUCCUAAAGCGCCGAGUCGCUUUGCUACGCUCGCUCCACCGGCCUGCCGAUGCAAUCACGGCUCUCAUUCAGCUCCUCGAUGCCAUUCCCACUGAUGCGGAAGCUUGGUGCGAACUCGCCGACCUCUACCAGUCUCAGGGGCUGGGUGCACAAGCCAUCUUCAGCCUCGAGGAGGCUCUUCUUAUCGCUCCUAAUGCAUGGAAUAUCCAUGCCCGGUUGGGCGAAGUACUCUAUAUCAAUACAUCCUCACCCGAUGGGGGCCAGCUAGCCAGCAAGUCGAUCCAGCAUUUCUGUCGAAGCAUCGAGCUCUGUGAUGAUUACCUACGCGGAUUUUAUGGAUUGGCUUUGGCCUCCUCUCGCAUGCUGGAGAACGACUUGGAACAUUCGGUGGUAGUACCGAAGACGACCAUCGACCGACUGCGGCGCUUUGCUCUUCAGCGACUCCAGGAAAUUGUUCAGUCCCGGUCGGUUGAUGAUCAACAUUGGGCAUCCAGCCGCAGUGAGCUCAUUGCCGCCAAAGCCUUAUUGAAUCGCUUUCAGUCAACUUGA